CGAAAGGAUCGCUACACAAACAAAGACUGAGGUAACUGUACCUGACAGAGAUUGAGUACAACCAGGCCGGCAUGUGUUUAUGGCAACGUCUUUUUGUUAAAAUAUACUGUACAAAGGGAUUGAAAAGACACUGGAGUCAUUAGUGUUUUGGCAAAUGUUUAUAAAUAUUCAGUGACCACUGGAGACGGAGAAACAGGUCAUGUCAACAAACAAUUAGCAAAGGAGGACGAGAGGACAGACACAACUGAAUUCAGGAACAUGUCUGUUAGGCAAGUGCCCACCAGUACAGUUUGGCACACCCAGGGAACACUAGGUCCCUCUGGUUACAGUGAGUCGGCAGACAGCCCCGACGACAACCAACCUGAGUGCUCCAUCUGCUUCAGUAGAUACGACAAUGUCUUCAAGACACCCAAGCUCCUGGACUGUACUCACACCUUCUGCCUCGAGUGCCUCGCACGCAUCCUGGCAGUGUCAGACGACUUUAACAAACCGGUAAAGAAGCCAGGGACACCCGGCGCUCAAAUCCCCUGUCCCGUGUGUCGCCACCCCACCGCGGUGCCCAGCAGCGGCCCUCCAGCGCUGCUGACCAGCAGGGAAGUUCUGCAAAGCCUGCCGCACCACCUUCAGCAAGAGGAGCAUGUGAGCAUGAUGGGCCGGAGGCUGUGUUACCAGAGCCCGCAGCAGCCCACCCAUAUCUGCAUUGAUAUCGGCGCCAACAAGCCGGAGGCGUCGGGGGAGGCCGGUCAAGGGGGGGCCCGACGGGCUGGACGUAGGGGCCCGUUCAGCUGCUGCAGCGUGUGCAUCCACUGGAGGAGGCUGCUGAUCCUGGUCAUCUUCACACUGCUGCUCAUCGCCGUGGUGGUCUGGCCACUUCACUGCAUUGUUACCAAACACUCUCUCUCUGACUGCUUAACCUGCCGUACGACACCUACGCAAACACCGAUGACCUCUAUGCUCAGCAAGCCACAGUGAGGCAGGUCAGAGACACACACACAUGUGCCAAGUGCACCGAGCCCUUCCUGAUUGUAGUGUGGCUCAUCAUAGGACGCACACAAGGACAAAUGUAGACAAUUUCCUGUCGGUCCAUGACUGUUCACAAAGCCACCCACACAAUGGCACAGGUUUUCUAUCUAUGAAGAACGGUUUGUAUACCUUUCCUGUGUUUGAAGUGAUACAUGUUAUGUUGAAUCCUGCUGUCAGCAAUCUGUCUUCAAUCAGUUACUACAUAAACAAGAUGUACUACUGUAACUGUUCAGUUGAUUGAAAACAGAUCUGAUACUGUUGCUGUUAUUUUUAUAUAUUAUUUUGUAAAAAGAAGAACAAAACCAAGAAUAAAACAAACUUUAAAUAUUACUAUAUACAAUAUACAUGUCAUAUUGCCUGCACUGGACACACUUAAAUUAAGUGCGUCUGUGGAACAUAAACUGGUAGAAACUUGGUAGAUACUGUAUGUUUGAAUCAUGGUAUUUUGCACCUUAGUGAUUUUUUUUAUGAUUGUCUCUUUAAUUGCUGUUGAGUAGAAUGCUGAGAUAACAAGAGCAGUCAGGUGACUGAAUCUGGAUCUUGAUACUGAUCUUGAUCAUCAAAUAGUGGUGCUCUUCUAUUCUUGUAUUUUUCUACACAAUAUGAAGUGUUGAUAGAACAGGUGUUAUUCAAUUAUUUGAAAUUAAAAUAACCUGUUG